ACCUUUUUUCUUUAGAGCAGAAGGCAUGAUGUAGCACCAGUGUGGAAUUUACUGCAUGCUGUACUGAGAUCAGCGGAUGAGGUGGCUAUGGAGCCUCUGAGCAUCCCUGUGGUGUUGGUUACUUUCUGCAGUUUCCUUGUCUCUCAGUGGAUCUUUCAUGUUGCAUGUCCAUGGCUGUCCGAGCGCCUCGUUCCUGCUUACCUUACACUCACACACAUGCAGAGGACAGAGUGGAACUCUAGGGUUGUCUCCACCGUCCAUGCUUUGGUUGUGGGGCUAUUUUGUCUUUACAUAUUACUUUUUGAUGAUGCUAUCAAGAAAGACCCUGUUUGGGGAGAUCCAACACUAGUGAAACUGAAUGUGGGCGUCACCACAGGCUACCUCAUCUCAGAUCUGCUGCUUAUGGUCUACUUCUGGGAUUUCAUAGGAGAGAAGUAUUUUGUUGUACACCACCUUGCUGCUCUCUAUGCAUAUUAUUAUGUACUGAGUCAGGGAAUAUUGCCCUAUUUUGCCAAUUUCCGUCUGCUUGCUGAAUUUUCCACCCCCUUUGUGAACCAGAGGUGGUUUCUUCAUGUUCUGGGAUUCCACAAGCUUUCCAACUUCAGCCUUGUGAAUGGAGUAGCCAUGGCGUCUUUCUUCUUCCUGGUGAGGAUUGCAGUCAUUCCAGUCUACUACAGCCAAAUGUACAGUGUGUACGGCACCCAGGCCUUCUACAGACUUACACUGGGGGCUCGAAGUGCCUGGAUUUUCUGCAGCCUCUGCCUUGAUGUCAUGAACAUCAUGUGGAUGCGCAAGAUCCUUCGGGGCUGCCUCAAAAUUAUACGCUCCAGCAGAUCCCAAAAACCAGAGAUGCUGUUGACGAACCCAAAAAUUGACUGAGACUGAGAAAGUCAUGUCCUAUGACUAUUGGUGUUUCAUCUUAAUAAACAAAUGCUGUGAUAAGAAAUAUUAAACCUUCAGGAUUAUGAGGGAGCAUGCAAGACAAUACAGGGUGUUAAUACAUAGGCCUACAUACAGAGCAAAUAGAAAGCACACUGUAGGUGAACGGUUACUGACUGGAGCCUAUGUGUGGACAUGAACAAAUUGUCAGUCCUCCCUUCUCUACCCAU